UUUUUUUCUUUUAUUUUUUAAAUGACUACAAAUAUCAAACGAAAUAUUCCUAAAGAUGAAUGGGAACAACGGUUAUCCAAAGUCAAAGUAAACAAACAAGACUUAAAUCAACUGGUCAUGAACUAUCUUGUGGUAGAAGGAUAUAAAGAUGCAGCAGAGCAGUUUAGUACAGAAAGUGGAUUAGCACCUACAGUAGACUUGCAAUCUAUUCAAGAACGAAUGGAUAUUCGUCAUGCUGUUCAAUCGGGUGAUGUAGACACAGCUAUUGACCUUGUGAAUGACCUCAAUCCAGAAAUUCUAGAUACAAAUCCAUUACUGUUUUUUCAUUUACAACAACAACGCUUGAUUGAACUGAUCCGCAGUGGUUCAUUUCAAGAAGCGCUUGAAUUUGCUUCUGAAGAAAUGGCACCCCGGGGAGAAGAACAUCCAGAGUUUCUGGAAGAAUUGGAACGUACUAUGGCUUUAUUAGCCUUCCAAAAUGCUUCAGAUUCACCUGUUCAAGACUUGCUUCAUCCUGGCCAAAGACAAAAGACAGCCAGUGAAUUGAAUGCAGCUAUUUUGAUGAGUCAAUCUCAAGAAAAAGACCCUAAAUUACCCAACCUGUUGAAAAUGUUGGCUUGGAGUCAAGAACAAUUAGAUGAGCGUAUGACUUAUCCUCGUAUUGAAGAUUGGGUCAAGGCAGACUUAGUUGUAAGAGAUGAAGAUGGAAAUCAAUUGGAAGAAGAUGUAACCAUGUCUUGAUAUAAAAAAAAAAUCGAUCUACUGCUUCUCAGAAUCAUCCUAUCUACAUUCACUUGCGGCGUUUAAAUACUGUAAAGAAUAUAAAGUUUAAACCUUAAAAACCGAUCAUUUGAAAGCUUCUUC